AUGACGUCGUCUAGAUCGAAUCAAAUUGAGUAUUCAAGUAAAGUUGGUCUCUCGGCUCCAAGUGAGCACCAAACUGCUGAUGGUGGAGUAUAUAGGCGAGAUUUUUCAGACACGAGUUGGUCGAUUGGUCUAAACAGCGACAGUGAGACUGAAAGCGAAUGGUUUACGGGACCUGCAGGAACAAACAUGUAUGGCGAGGCGUUCGUUUUGAACCACAAUCAUUUGUCCACAUUUGCAGACAAAACGAUGGAAUUGGAAGAGGAAGAUAUGAAUUUUGAUACUUGUUCUCUUGAUGAUUCUUCUCAUCAUCAAGAUUGCAAUUCAACAAGUGAUUUUUCACCUCGAAGCGAGCAAAGCACAAGUACAUUUGAUGAUUCGUCACCUCGACAAAUUCGUGGUCUUAGUGCUCUUGAUAGUCGAUGGAAAGCCAAUUCAAUUGCUGAAAUUGUCACGACACAGUCGGGAUUUCCAUUUUUCUCAAAUGACUCGGACUAUAAUGGUACAUGUAGUUUAAUCUCUUUUGAUAGUGAUAGUGAUGAAAGUUUAGAGGAAGAGGAAUUGUAG